CUGUUAUUGCGGUGAAUAUGCUGAAGGACAUCAGGAUCAUGACGAAUCGUUAAGCGGACUAAAAUGGUCGGAGGAAACUCAUUUGAAAUAUAUAGAACCUACAAGAGCGUUCGGUCAAAUUGACUUCCUGACGGAAACAGCGAUGAGUCAACGUCUGACGGAGUUCGUUCGAAUUUCCGAUAAGGAUAAGUUGGAAGAUGUGAUGGAGCUGAUGAAAGACCAUUGGCAUAUGAUGGAACCACACAAACCCAGUCUUUGCAUAUCAGUUAUUGGUGGGGCAAAAAAUUUUGCGCUUGAGGGUCGACGAAAGGAUGUGUUCAAUACAGCUGCCCAAACCACAAAUGCAUGGAUCGUCACUUCCGGACUGAAUUUGGGCAUUGUUCGUGUGGUGGGCGACGCGCUUCAGGAAGGACAGACGUGGCAUUUCGACCGUCGUCGCCUGUCGAAUCAGUUACGUUGCUUAGGCAUUUCUCCAUGGGGUUACGUUCUCAAUCGAGAUGAACUCAUUUGCAGUAGCUACUCGACCCCAGUCCUAUACCGGGUUUCCAAUGUGAUCGAGACAGGUCGUCCGGUCUCCCUGAAUGAGAAUCACACGCACUAUAUUUUUGUGGACGAGGGAAAACGCUUGCGCUAUGGUGGCAGUGAGUCUGCGAAGUUUCGCGCUCGCCUGGGCAAACAAAUGGCGUUACCGCAACAGGCCGGCGGUUGGGGUAUUCCCGUAGUGCUUGUUGUAGUUGAGGGUGGCCACGAUGUGUUCAUUGACGCACGGGAUUGCAUUCGGGAACGAAUACCGGUUGUGGUCUGUUGCGGUACCGGUCGAGCUUCGGAUUUGAUGAAUCUGGCAUUCUAUUUCCGGAUGAAACAACCAAGCAAAGACUUCACAGCUUUCCGUCCGGAAGAAGAAAGUAUUCUUCUGCAAAAGUUGAUCCCCAUAUCGGGGAAGGCUAAAGCAGACAGUGCAUUGGAAAUGAUUAUUGAAAUUCUCCGUGACCCCAAAUUAAUCACCACAUUUGAUAUGAACAAAUCAGAUGAUUUGGAUCUGGCCAUUUUGUUUGCUCUGAUCAAAACAAACUCUCGAAUCAACACUCAACUGGAGUUGGCAUUCACUUGGAAUCGAAGUGAUAUUGCUGAGGAGAAGAUUUUCCGGCAGGGAGUACGUGUUGAACCAGAGAGCCUUGAACCUACUAUGAUGGAAGCGUUACUUCAGGAUAAACCAGAAUUUGUGCGUAUUCUCCUACAAAAUGGGAUUAUAAUGCGACAAUUUCUCACGGUAGAGCGGUUGCAUGAGUUAUACAACAAAUCUACCCAUCGGGACGCAUUUGAACGCUGUUUGGCACAGAAGGGUCUACGAAAACCGCUCCUACCAAAGGUGUCCGAUCGCAAAAUUGCACCACAUUCACAGUCAGAAGGAAAGUUUGACUUUGUUCUGUCACAAGUGGCCGCAACUGCUAACGUGUUUCCGAUAAAAUUGCCGCAGGCUGCUCCAGUUUACCUUUCCACUGUCAGCCGAUUGUCGAGAAAGAUGAUCGGUCGAUUCACAAAUAAGAUAUACGAUCAAGAUACUGAGGAAUUACGGCGUCGUCCGAAUGAUUGGGAUUCGUUCCGGAACUUCACAUUUUCCUCUCCAUUUCAGGAGCUGUUCCUUUGGGCUGUGCUGCAUCAACGUCAACAAAUGGCUCUGUUUUUCUGGGAACGUGCGGAAGAUUCACUCACUCUCGCCCUGAUUGCUUGUGCUCUGUAUGCGGACAUGAUCAAAUCACUGCCGCAAUAUGAUACAGAAACACAGGCAGAGUAUACAAGGUAUAUGGACGAAUUUGAAAUGCUGGCGGUUCGACUGUUAGAAGAAUGUUAUUCCAUGGAUCCGGAAACCACACUGUUUUUGGUAGAAAACGAAGCCCCUUUAUGGGGUGGGUAUAAUUGUUUGAACUUGGCCGACAAAGCCACACGCCGCAAAUUUAUCAGCUCUGUGGCUUGUCAGAACUCCCUGUUCUACGCUUGGUCCCACGGAACUCAAGCCAGUCCAUUCGUGUUCACAGUGACGCUCUUCUGUCCGUUGCUGCUUUUGUCCGAUCGAUUCGUGGAAUUUGAUGACAAGCGUAAUAUCGGGAGCGGAGUGAGACGUGUGAUGGAUGAAAGACGCCCGUCUGUGUUGUGGAGACCGACUUCGCCGUCACGUACCUCAGGACAACUGAGCACGUAUCACCGAACUUCUGCAGAUGCUGAAAUUGAUUUCGGGCUAAAGAGACACUUGACUGAUGGGGCGGAAGAUUAUUCAGCAACAAAUGUGACGAGACAACCUCGAAUGACAUUGAAGAAUAAGUUGGAAAUAUUGUACACUGCUCCGCGAACCAAAUUCUUUUUAAAUACAAUAGCAUAUAUUGCGUUUUUACUAUUCUUCUCCUAUACACUUCUGUUCAAAAUUAUAUCUACUCAAAUAACCGUGGAGGAAGCUGUGACCAUGACCUACUUCAUCACUCUUUUUGUUGACAUUAUUCGUCAGAUUUGUGUUACACCCGGCACCGGCAGCUAUAAACUACGUCUGUGGGUUAAAACAAAUUCCCUUGUCUACCUGGAUAUCAUUGCAAUGCUACUGGCAUUAGUGAGCAUGUUUCUGCGCAUCGGUUUGGCGUCCACAUUCACAGUGGCCAAAACAUUCUACGCAUUAACACUGAUCGUUUGUUAUAUGCGCGUAUUUCGCCUGUACGGAUUCCAUCCGGCACUGGGUCCCAAACUGGUCAUGAUUCAACGCAUGAUUGCCGAGCUUAUCCUGUUCCUGUUCAUUGUGGCCGUGAUUCUUCUUUCGUACGGUGUAUCUGUCCAGGCGCUACUGUAUCCGAAUAGAUCAGAGUUCGACUCCUCCGCGAUUCGUGAUGUAUUUUACUAUCCGUAUUGGAAUUUAUAUGGCGAGCUCGGUUUGGAUUAUUCAUUUGGUGAGUCUUCUUUCUCUGUUCAGGUACGAGAAAAUGCAUGUCUAUCAGCGAACCGAUGCCCCCUCUUCCACAUCAUGCAAAUAUCUGGUCGAAUAAGAAACCUGAAAUCAAUCACUUGA